GGGUGAUGGAGGAAGAACACAAAGAUCUGUACCAGGACACCAUGGUGGAGUCAUCCAGCUACAGAAACCCACCAGAAAGAUGUCCAGUUUACCCUCUCUAUUCCUGGGAUUCCACACAGGAUGGUCACAUUAUCCCCCACCAUCAUCAGAGUGGAAACCUUGCGAAUUACAAUACUAUUGUUAAAGAAGAGGAGGAUGAGAAGCAUGGUGUCAUGGAUUAUUUACAAGGACACAAAGAUCUCUACAAGGACGUCGUAUUGGACAAUCAGCCGCCCCUCACAUCACCGUAUGAAUGUGAUGUUGUGAUUUCCUCAGAGGGGUCUCAGGAUUCCUCUGAUUAUGAUGGAGAAGAAUAUGGAUCCAAAACAGAAUCUCAGGGAGUAGAGACUUAUUCAUGCCCGGAGUGCGGUCGAGAAUUUGAAGUGAAACGUAAUCUGCGAAGACACAUGAAAAUUCACACCGGUGAGUUUUUUCCCUGUAAAGAGUGCGGGAAAUGUUUUUCACGGAGGGAUAGACUCAAGGAACACCUGAGGACCCACACCGGGGAAAAGCUGGAUACUUGUACAAAGUGCGGAAAAUGUUUUUCUGGAAAGUAUAGACUCAUCAGACACAUGAAGACCCACGCAGAUGAUAACUUGCCUCCCUGUCCAGACUGCGGCGAGAGCUCCAAUCAGAAUGGUGGUCUUUGCAUCCAUCAGAAAAUUCAAAUGUUGAAAAGUUCCCAUUCAUGUUCGGAGUGCGGGAUUUCUUUUGAUACUCUAUCUGAGUUUACCUUACACCAGAGAGGCCACGCCGGUAAGGAGAUCUUUCCCUGCUCGGAGUGCGGGAAAGUGUGUGCAAGUAAAUCCCGUCUUAUUGUCCACCAGAGAAGUCACACCGGUCUACGACCCUUUUCAUGUCCCCAAUGCCAGAAAGGAUUCGUAGUAAUGUCAGAACUUAUCAUCCACCAGAGAAGUCACACCGGCGAGCUGCCGUUUUCAUGCCCAGAGUGCGGGAAAGGUUUCACACGGCACGGGAACCUCGGUAAUCACAUGAAAGUCCACACUCAGGAGAAGCCGUACUCCUGCCCCGAGUGUGAAAAAUCCUUCAAACGGAAAAGUGAAUUUGUUAUGCACCUGAACGAUCACACGGGGGAUCACCCUUUUUCGUGCACAGUGUGCGGGAAAGGUUUCUCUCAUAAGGGAAAACUUCACGUACACGAGAGAACUCACAAGGGCUUCACGCAACAAGGGAACUUGACUAAUGGCAUGAAAGUCACACCAACUAAUGACAUGAAAGUCACACCAACUAAUGACAUGAAAGUCACACCAACUAAUGACAUGAAAGUCACACCAACUAAUGACAUGAAAGUCACACCAACUAAUGACAUGAAAGUCACUUCAACUAAUGACAUGAAAGUCACACCGACUAAUGACAUGAAAGUCACACCAACGAAUGACAUGAAAGUCACACCAACAAAUGACAUGAAAGUCACUCCAACUAAUGACAUGAAAGUCACACCGACUAAUGGCAUGAAAGUCACUCCAACUAAUGACAUGAAAGUCACUCCAACUAAUGACAUGAAAGUCACACCAACUAAUGACAUGAAAGUCACACCAACUAAUGACAUGAAAGUCACACCAACAAAUGACAUGAAAGUCACUCCAACUAAUGACAUGAAAGUCACACCGACUAAUGACAUGAAAGUCACACCAACUAAUGACAUGAAAGUCACUCCAACUAAUGACAUGAAAGUCACUCCAACUAAUGACAUGAAAGUCACACCGACUAAUGACAUGAAAGUCACACCAACUAAUGACAUGAAAGUCCACACUGGGAAAAAGCGGUUCUACUGUCCAGGGUGCGAGAAAUCCUUCACCCGGAAAAAUGAGCUUGUUAUGCACAUGAGCGUUCACACGGGGGAUUAUCGUUUUCAUUGUUCAGGGUGCGGGAAAGGUUUCUCUCAUAGAGGAAAACUUAACGUACACGAGAGAACGCACAAGCGCGAACCUGUUCAGAGUGCGGAGAAUAACCUACCUGAAAAAUGUACAUUUCCUUCAACAUCUAAUUAAUGACACGACGGGUGGGGGGGGGGGUUGAGUCGUGGUCAGGAUCUGAUACCUAGCGUACACAUCGUGUUCCCCCACCACCACCGAUCCCAACACCCUUUCUCAUGUGAUUACUAAACUAUGGAGAUCGGAACUUGAUCUUAGCCUAGAACCUGCCCAAGUCUUGUUUUCGAAAUGCCAAGAUCUCGAUCUUCCCUGGGUAGAGUAGAUCCUUCACAGAGGUUCAGAAGAAUCUUCGAGAUAUUGGCAUGAAAUACAGCUUCAUUCUGGAGGGAGAGUCAACCAGAUUCUUUGAUGCCCCAUCACCGUCGAUCCCAGGACCAAUUCUCAUCCGAUUUACUAAACUAUGGAGAUCGGAACUUGAUCCCAGCCUAGAACCUGCCCAAGUCUUGUUUUUGAAAUGCCAAGAUCUUGAUCUUCCCGGUUAGAGUAGAUACUUCACAGAGUUUCAGAAGAAUCUCAGAGAUAAUGACAUGAAAUACAGCCUCAUUCUGGAGGGAGAGCCAACCAGAGUCUUUGAUGCCCCAUCACCAUCGAUCCCAGGACCAAUUCUCAUUUGAUUACCAAACUGUGGAGAUCGGAACUUGAUCUUAGCCUAGAACCUGCCCAAGUCUUGUUUUUGAAAUGCCAAGAUCUCGCUCUUCCCCGGGUAGAGUAGAUACUUCACAGAGUUUCAGAAGAAUCUCCGAGAUAAUGGCAUGAAAUAGAGUAUCAUAUAUUCCAGCCGACUCCAUAUUCUGGAGGGAGAGCCAACCAGAUUCUUUGAUGCCCCAUCACCACCGAUCCCAAGACCCUUUCUCAUCCGAUUUACUAAACUAUGGAGAUCGGAACUUGAUCCUAGCCUAGAACCUGCCCAAGUCUUAUUUUCCGAGAUGCCAAGAUCUCGCUCUUCCCGGGUAGAGUAGAUCCUUCACAGAGUUUCAUAAGAAUCUCCGAGAUAAUGGCAUGAAAUAGAGCAUCAUAUAUUCCAGCCGACUCCAUAUUCUGGAGGGAGAGCCAACCAGAUUCUUUGAUGCCCCAUCACCACCGAUCCCAAGAUCCUUUCUCAUCCGAUUUACUAAACUAUGGAGAUCGGAACUUGAUCCUAGCCUAGAACCUGCCCAUGUCUUAUUUUCCGAGAUGCCAAGAUCUCGCUCUUCCCCGGGUAGAGUAGAUCCUUCACAGAGGUUCAGAAGAAUCUCCGAGAUAAUAACAUGAAAUACAGCCUCAUAUUCUGGCGGGAGAGCCAACCAGAUUCUUUGAUGCCCCAUCACCAUCGAUCCCAGGACCAAUUCUCAUUUGAUUACCAAACUGUGGAGAUCGGAACUUAAUCUUAGCCUAGACCCUGCCCAAGUCUUGUUUUCAAAAUGGAGGAAAAACUCACCAAUGCCUAGAUGAAGUGGCUAGAAGAGCCAUCAACGACUAUGGAUCCAGCCCCUUAAAGCUGAAUUCCAGGAACUCGGCUACUUUGUAAAAACCACAGGCAUAACAUGAGUUAAGUCUAACGAGGUGCCGGCUGCUUCGUAGACUUAUCUCUAUUAUUCGCAUCUGACAGGUUUACUGUGCUCCAGGAAGAUAUCUUAUGGAGCUCCAACGCUGCUCACUGUGGUCUCACAGAGUUUCUGGAACUGCUAUGCCCACCCCUCCUUCUGCCCAUUCACAGAAGCCUUUGUAUUAUGUGAAGUCAUUCGUAAAAUAAAAAAAAGGCUUCUGUGAAUGGGCCGGAGAAGGUAAGGAAGGCAUGCUCACUGUGGUCUCUGUUCCUUCAAGAGCAAAGAAAGCUCCAGGAAGAUAGCUUACAGAGCUCCAACACUGCUCACUGUGGUCUCACAGAGUCACUGGAACUGUUAUGCCCACCCUUCCUUCUGCCCAUUCACAGAAGCCUUUGUAUUAUGUGAAGACAUUCAUAAAAUAAAAAAAAGGCUUCUGUGAAUGGGUCGGAGAAGGGCAUAGCUUCGCUGUGUCCUUCUCGCCUCUCACAGCCAGAGUGUCAUAUAUUUAUUACAGGUACUUAUAUAGCGCCGUCAAUUUAUGAAGCGCUUUAUUCAUAUACUGCACAUUCACAUCAUUUCCUUCCCCUUAAAGAACUUACAAUCUAAGGUCCCUGACUCACGUUCAUACAUAAACAUACUAGGACCAAUUUUGACAGCAUGUCUUUGUAGUGUGGGAGGAAACCCACACAAGCACAAGGAGAACAUGCAAUCUCCAGGCAGGUAGUGCCAUGGGUGGGAUCCAAACCCAUGACCCCAGUUCUAACCACUUAGCCCAGGGAUAGGCAACCUCGGCACUCCAGCUGUGGUGAAACCACAAAUCUCUUCAUGCCUCAGCCUCUAGGAGUCAAGCCUGAUAUUGUCAGGGUCUUGCAAUGUCUCAUGGGACUUGUAGUUUCAAUACAGCUGGAGGGCCGAGGUUUUUUUCCACCAUCUAGACAAGUCGGAUGGUUAGGACGAGGAUCCGACUUCAAUGAUACUGAAUGAGCUGAAAACGGACCCAACUCAGACCAAAGUAGUGCAGGAAACUUUUUCAAAGUCAGACCGACUUGUUUUCGGACCAGUUAGGACGGCUCUCACAGGGAACCAUUGAUUUGUACACAUCAUGUGACAGGUGCUUCCAAAGUUGGAGCGUAUGUCGCACCAGUGUUAACCAGGCCUUAAUGUUUUUCCCCUUCUUAUGCCCAUUCACAAAAGCCUUUGUAUUAUGUGAACUAAAGUACAAAGGCUUCUGUGAAUGGGUAGCAGAGAGGAGGGGUGGGGAUAGCUGUUCUGUGUGCUUCUCUCCUCUCACAGCCAGAGUGUAUACAAUAAACCUGUCUCAUAUAAGUAAUGGAGAUAAGUCCCAGAGGUGACAUGCACCUAAUUGGACCCAACUCAUGGUGUGCCUGCACUUUUUGCCAAGUUUCUGAAUUCCUGGACUUCAGCUUCAAUACUCUCAAACAGAUACAUAAUAAGGCCUGAGCCGGAUUCCCUGUCUUCAGUUAACCUUCCCGAUGGAACUUAAAACCGGGGGGUGGGGUAUGCUCUGAUAUCUUCAACAUUUAUGCUAUGGACCACUAAAUUGUGUUUUUUUUUUUAUUGUUUUUCAUUUUCAUUGUAGAUUGUAAGUUGUCACGAGUGACCUCCCCUGCGCGGGUUGCGUCAUUUCGAGUAUGUAGUAACUGUAUUUCUCUUAAAACCUCAAUAAAAAAAUGAUUUAUAAAAGAAAAAAAAUGCUCUGG